AGACUACCGUAGAUCUACCGACGGAAGAAUUUUAGAGGUGGAAUGAACUUGAUUUCUCCGUCUUCGUAAAGUAGUUUUUCUUCUUUCUAAUGGCCACUGAACCUGUUUUCAGAGCGCAACAUAUUUUAGACUGCAUUCCACUCAAUCAUAAAGAGGACUUACAAGCAAUAUUCACAAGAGAGGGUUUGCUGAAGAGGACGAUCCAUUCUGUAUGGGGGUGUCCAGGACAUCUUUUCAUCUCCUUAGACGGAGGGACACUCGUAAGAGCAUAUCAGCUGAAGUCUUCUAAUCGCAUAAAGCAGUUUACGAUCUUGGCCAAGGUCUCACCGGUAAUCAAGAUUUGUUUCGUCCAGGAUACGCAUGAUGUCAUUUUAGUUUUCUAUAAGAACGGCCUUGUCAAGGUCUACGAGCACGUCCAACCAGCGGACAGCAACUCUCAGCCAUGGCGCAAGAGAGAACAGUUCAACCUGGGCACAGCCAAUGAUGCAUGCGUGAAGGGCGCCAUCUGUUGUUUUACUCAAGGCAAGAGGGUGGUUGUCUGGGUGGAGGAGCGGAAGGAGGCCACGUCUUCUGGGAGUGCCGUCGAGCAAUGUCUGCUCAGUGCGGAGUUGGAACCCAAUUGCAAAGGCAUCAAGUCACCUGUAUUGCUUCUCUCUGGUUGCCAGUCUGAGCUACAACUAACAGCAAACAACAAUGGAGAACACAUUACAGUCCUUCCAAGCCAACCCUGUCCAGCUGGAAUGUAUUUCAGACUCCAUUUCAACUCUACAGACAGGUCACCUGUGCUGGAAUCUUCCAUUCUUGGAGAGGGGUGUGUAGAGAGGUACAAGAAUUUUCCUGUAGAUUUCAGUGACAACGCAGACAGCCUUAUUCACAUAUGGAGCGAGGUGGCUAAAAAUUCUUAUGGUAAAUUGGUUUCCAUGACGAUGGAAGCGAGGACUGGCAUGGUGUUUCUUAUCUCAGAGGAUGGCUCGGUACAUUCUGUUUCAAAUGCUGGAGAAGAGAAAGUAGGAGUGUUUCAUCUCUCAGAUGUUGAUGCAUCCUCUGUCUCUGACUGGUUUGCUGUGAGGUUUGUGAUCGGAGCAGUCUUCCCUCAAGAAAGAGUCAUUAGAAUCUACAGCUCUGUAUCAGGUGACAUUCUCCAAGAAACCAACCUAUCGUCCAUCACCUCGGCCGAUGCGAUCCAUGUUUGGUCAAUACUGGGUAGUCUUCCGCAGAUCGGCUUCUGGUCAUCCACUGGCAUUUGGUUACUACAGAUGCAAGAAGCUUCAAUGGCCGCCAGAGCUGAUCAGCCAAACACCACUCAACACCUCCAGGACUUUGAGCUAAACAAGAUGGCUGCUGCCACGGAGCUUCAGAAGCUGUACUCGGAACUGACAGAAGAGGGCGCCGUUGCAUCUGAAACCGACCUUGACCUUCUUGCAGAUUCUAAUGUCUUCCAGAAUGAAGCCCUUUUGGUAUCGUUGUCUCAGGGUGUGGACAGGUGCAAGCAUCCAAGAUUGAUGGAGAAGGUUGCCAAUUUGCAGCAGAGGUUCAAGGAAAGGCCCGAUCCCACUCCUGACACCGCUCUCAACGAGUCCAUGCUUCCUCUUCUGAAGGACUUCUAUGAGACAAGGGAACAGAGAGAGAAGUUGGAAAGGGGGGAGAUCAAAUCGUCAGGUGGUUUGACCCUGUCAUCUCAGAUAAAGGAAGCUCUUGAUAUGACCUCAGUUAUUCCAGCAGGACUCAGGCUUAGUAAACUAGAGCUUCUUUCCAAUCUCAACCCUGAGAAGCUUCUAGAAGGUCUUAUCAAAGAGCUGGAUUUAGAACAAGCAAUGGAAUGUGGUGUUAAUGGGGAACAAGAGAGGCCGACAGAAGUACUCAAACACUGGUCAUUAUGCAAUCCCGAGACAGAAGAGGGCGCAAGAUUCUUGAAGAUAUUUUGCCGGCUUUUGUACGUCCAUCAGCCUCUGAAAUUGGUGGAUGUGGUGAGAUUCUUUCAAGAGUUACACAAUACAGCUUCUGAUAUGUCAGCAUUCACCAGAAAAAGACACGGGUUAUCUGUGAGUGGGAUGGUGCUAGAUGUUCUUCCAGACCCAACUGAAUCUUCUGACACCAAGGAGGCUAUCAGAGCAAAAGCACAACUCAUUCAAGACAGUGAUAAGAGCCAUGGACCAAUGAAAGCCCUUCAGCUUCUCCUCUCACAUACCCUCUGGGAAGAUGCAAUACACGUUGUCGAAGGUCACAUGCCCCAGGACAGCCAAUCACAUCGCGAGCUCUUCUACGUCCUCCAGUGUGCAAUGCUACUGGACUCUACCGCCCUCCAGGAACACAGCCAACGACUAUGGGAUUGUUUGCCACCAUCAAUUUCGGCGCUGAAUCUUCUACAGGCUCUACAGAUCAACCAAGAUAGUGUUAAGAACCAACUACAGAGAGACUCGCCGAGACAACCUAUCCAGGGUCCGGGUCUCACCACUGCUCUCCUUAAAGAACAAUUGAUACAGAUGUUGGCCCAUGAAUCUGUAUAAGUUCAUAUUUUGACUGCACUACAUUUCAUGUAAAUUUCAUCCGAAUUCCAUGUAUCUACCUGGAUGUGCAGAGAAUUGAUGUAUAUAUUGGCCCGUGGAUCUAUACGGAAUAGGUCCACGGUGCUACAUCUCAUCCAAAUUCUGUGUCGACAAAUAAUAAUUAGAGAUACUGAACAAGGCAAACUAUACAGCGCUCCUGUCUGAACAAGGAUUGAUAUACAGGUUUGUCCACGAAUCUGUACAGAAAAAAUAUUGCACUUUGUAUUUCUCUCACAACUUGCUGAUCGACUUAGCAAGUGAAAUUGCAGAGAGUCUUGUCAAGGAACAUCAUGCAGGUUACUGAUCUCAUCACUGGCCUUUAGAAAGAGCAAUUGAUACAAAAGCUUGCCCAUGAAUCUGUAUGAACUAACAGGGUUCCCACUGUUAUGGAAAAACCCUGGAAAAAAUCUUGGACAAAUUUGUGGUCAUGGAAAGUCAG